AAGAGCUUGCAAAAGAGAGAGGAUUGCUAGCUCACCGCACAGAAAGCAGCGAGCUUCAGCAACGUUUGACAGCAUCCAAGAAGAACGCCUAUUCAACUUUCCCCUGGCAAAUAUCGAUAUGUGCUGCGUAUUUUUAUUUUAAUAACCUCUUAUGUAAAAUGUAGGAGAUCGCGGAAAAAAAACGUUACAUAUCUGAAUCGAUAUUAUCAGGACGAGUCGAGUGACCACAACGUCUUUGAGAGAGGAAAUGUCAAAGCCCCGCUCGAGGAUAUUUUUGGUACCUAUUCGGAGAUUCUAAAUCGGUUUUCUGUGGACUGAUAUCGCGAGUGAAACGAAACUCGUUUUAUGAACGCACAAAGAGACGAAGCACUGUUUUGAUUCGCGUAGAUCCGUGGCGAUUGCAGGCUGAGCAGAAUUCUCUCUGCUUAUUUAUUUCACCGGGACGGCAGAGAAAGCUUUACUGUAUGAUUUCUGCACAGCGCAGCCAGCUAGCCGUACUGUAAAGAUAAUAAUUUGGCCCUGCACUGUGUCAAAAAGAAAUGCAAGCUUUCGUUUAGCAUCCUCCACAACCUUGAACUUCUCCGCGAGAUUCAGUUUUGCCAUAGUCUGGGAAACUCGAUACGUGGAAACGUUCCUCCAACCGACCCUCAGCCUCCCCAGGCGUGCGACGCGCAUCUCCGUGGUGCUGAAAGGAUAGCUCACGUUGUUUUAGAACAACAGAAAGGUGUCUGUUCUUUCCGGAGCGGAACUAACAUCAUUACUAAUGGUUUGGUGACCUUUUCUUUAUAUGGCUUGAUGGCUCCAAUCUGAGUGCCUUUAAUGGCUGUGGCACGCAAAAUUAAAACUUUGCUGACUGUUAACAUUUUGGUUUUCGUCGGGAUUAUAUUGUUCUCGGUGUACUGCAGAAUUCAGGAUCGCUCCGAAGAGCUGGUUCAGAUCGGAAGGAGCUCCGAUCAAAGAAUCCGAAGUAGGAAUGGCAAAGUUACCAACUUGGUGGACAGGCAGUCCAUACUUCAGCGGCUGGAACACCUUGAAGACGUAGUCUACAAUCAAUUAAACGGUCUGGCCAAGCCCAUGGGCCUGGUGGAGGGCCCCGGCGGACUGGGCCAGGGGGGACUCGCGGCCACCCUGAGGGACGACAGCCACGAGAUGGAGGGGAAGUACGAGGAGUACGGCUACAACGCCCAGCUGAGCGACCGCAUCUCACUGGACCGGACCAUCCCCGACUACCGGCCCAAGAAGUGCAAGCAGAUGGCCUAUCCCGACGACCUGCCGCAGAUCUCGGUGGUCUUCAUCUUCGUGAACGAGGCGCUGUCGGUCAUCCUGCGGUCCGUCCACAGCGUGGUCAACCACACGCCAGCGCACCUGCUGAAGGAGAUCAUCCUGGUGGAUGACAACAGUGACAGCGUGGAGCUGAAGUUCAACCUGGACCAGUAUGUGAACAAGCGGUACCCAGGCCUGGUGAAGAUCGUCCGGAACAGCAAGAGGGAGGGGCUGAUCCGAGCCCGGAUCUACGGGUGGAAGGCUGCUACCGCGCCCGUCGUGGGAUUUUUCGACGCCCAUGUGGAGUUCAACGCAGCGUGGGCAGAACCAAUUCUGACCAGAGUCAAAGAAGACCACACUCGGAUUAUCCUCCCGGCGAUUGAUAACAUCAAGUACAACACGUUCGAGGUGCAGCAGUAUGCUAACGCCGCCCACGGCUACAACUGGGGCCUGUGGUGCAUGUACAUCAUCCCCCCUCAGGAGUGGCUGGACAAGGCUGACGAGACCGCCCCCAUCCGGACCCCGGCGAUGAUAGGCUGCUCGUUUGUGGUGGACAGAGAAUACUUUGGAGAGAUUGGUCUCCUGGAUCCAGGCAUGGAAGUCUAUGGAGGGGAGAACAUUGAGCUUGGCAUGAGGGUGUGGCAGUGCGGAGGAAGCAUGGAGGUGCUGCCCUGCGCCAGAGUGGCCCACAUCGAGCGCACGAAAAAGCCGUACAACAACGACAUCGACUACUACGCCAAGAGGAACGCCCUGCGAGCCGCGGAAGUCUGGAUGGACGAGUACAAAUCCCACGUCUACAUGGCCUGGAACAUCCCCAUGAAUAACCCCGGGGUGGACUUUGGCGAUGUUUCAGAGAGAGUUGCCCUUAGAAAGAAGCUUCACUGUCGCAGUUUCCGAUGGUACCUGGAGCACGUCUACCCCGAGAUGCGCAUUUACAACAACACCAUCACCUACGGAGAGGUGCGAAACAGCAAGGCCAGCGGGUACUGCUUGGACCAGGGGUCUGAAGACGACGAUAAGGCCAUCCUGUACCCCUGCCACGGGAUGUCCUCUCAGCUUGCCCGCUACUCAACGGAAGGCCUGCUGCAGUUAGGACCCUUAGGGUCGACCACGUUUCUGCCCGACACAAAGUGUCUCAUCGACGACGGGAGAGGACGGGUUCCGAGCUUGAAAAAAUGCGACUCCGUUUCACGGAUAUCACAGAGGCUUUGGGACUUCACACAGAACGGUCCGAUCAUCAGCCGGGACACGGGCCGGUGCCUGGAAGUGGAGAUGUCCAAAGAGGCCAACUUCGGCCUCCGGCUGGUCGUGCAGCGGUGCUCCGGGCAGAAGUGGAUGAUUCGAAACUGGAUCAAGCACCCCAGACAUUAAGGACCGAGGGAGGCCGCUACUGCUACUGCUGGCAGCCAGGACCUCCGCUUGGAGUGCCAGCGUAGCCGAACAAUGUAGCCUAACAGGGCCUGGGGGGGUCCCCCCAAUGCUGAUGCCCUCAAAGAUGAAUGUGUCUUCAAGGGAAGCCUGUUCACUACAUCCUCCCAUCCUCCCCCCGCCCAAAAAUAAAUGUUGAAUUUGUGAAUCUUAAGAAGAAAUUGAUUGUCCUUCUCCCCACUGGAUACUGGUUCCUGUCUCAGAACAGGCAAGCUCUACAGUACAGGAUUUGAAAGUGUAUUUCAGUGUCUAAGCAAAAUGUCUCGUAAUGGAUCUGACUGCAAAAAAGCCUAUUUCUAUCUCCCAGCGCUGUGGAACCAGUGAACAGAAGAAGAGAAUCACAAAAUGAUGUCACAGGCGCUAUAACACCAUUUGAAUUGUGGUGGUACCGGUUGUAAUUUUGUAAAGCUGUAAAUUGCUUUGGAUAAGUUGUCUGUCCGGGAGUAGAGAUGGUAUUCAGAGCGCUGUCAUAUUCUCAAAAGGAGCCAUCUCUUUUCACACGACAGCGGCAAUCUUUUUUUUAAUUCUUGUUUCAUUUAACUUAAUGACUGAUGCACAAACUGAAAGGACUUAUUGUGUGCCUUUUUCCAUUGUCCAACUACGUCUGACCUGGGAACGUGGGUCCCAUGAGCAUGUAAGAUACUUUCACUGCAGAAGCGAACAAAACAACCAAUAUAUAAAUAUAUGUAAAGAUGUCACAUAAUAGUAAUAUAUUGUAAAUCUGAAAUGGGCAGCAGCCUUCAAUUAACAAUUAUCAUAAUAAAAAAAUGUUUUUAUGACAACAUUAGCAAUAUUUUUGUUAAUGUGUUCAAACAUGACUUAACAAUAAAGAUGAAAUUCUUAUAUAUAGGCCACAUCUGUGCACUGCACCCUCCUGAAAAUGUGAUAUUUAAAAAAUAUGAACGAAAAUAGCAUAGUGUCCUGGUUAAAAUACAGUCUCAUGCUCUAUAUCACCGUUCGACUGCAGUAGCCAGUGUUUUUUAACUGUCUUUGAUUCAGUGACUAACAUCUAAUCAGACUGUAGGAGUUAAUUUUAUGGAGCAGUGAGUCAGGUCAUUUUGCCCUCUGGGAAAUCAAUAUGUUCUCUUGGAUCAGCUAAAGUGUGCCCUUUAUUUAUAUAUUCCAAUAUGUUUGGUGUGAAUUAAAGCAUAUUCCAUAUGCUUUAAUAAGGUGUGAGUCUUUUGAUUAUUGGUAUUUUGAAAAAGAUUUCCAAAAAGAUUGCUAUUUUAUAUUUCUCAAGUAUGACCUUUGACCUGACAGGAUGAGUGAGUGAGUGAUGCUGUUAGGAGCAGGGAUAUCACAUUAUUAUUUUUUCCUUUUGUUCCGAGGUUGUGCGGUAUGGCAGAGUAAAACCGCACAGUGAUUCCACCACGUUGACUCAACAGAAACAGCGUAUGCCUUCCCGUCUGCAGCUCUGUCCGAUGGUUUUCUUUCUCUUGUUUGUUUAGUAUUGUGUGUGUGUUUUAUUUUAACCCACUCACUUUCUGAUUGUAUGUCAAGACUCCCAGAAAGUGUGGUCUCCUCAUUGCAUGGAUGUUCAGAGGCUCUAUUUUGGUGGUGGCUGCGAAGUUUGCCUUGGGUUGCCUGACAUUGAACAUUGAAAGUGGAACACAAUUACCUGUCUUUGUUGUGCUUUUCAAUAACAGCACUCCUACACAA